AAAUUUUAUUUUCCUUUUUUUUUUGUCUAGAUGUGCUCUUCAAUUAUCAGAAUUAAUUCAAGAACCGUGGGAACACACCCUCAAUUAAUCUCCAGUGCAUUUGUUCACUUUUUAUCGAUAAUAUUAUUAAGACUAGGAUUAAGAUGUAUAUUUUGUUGUAACGUAAGUGUAAUUGAAAAAUUUGUAUAGUACAUUCGAUACUGAUUAUUCCAUAAUAUUUUAUUUAUCCUUGAGAAGUCCAGGGCUUAAUCAUUAGUCCGAGAAUACCUGUUUCCGCAUGUAUGACACGUCUGGUUGUGCGAAAUCCGAGUGCCGCUGCUGAAAACGUAGAUCGAAUUCGAUGCGUCUCGUAAAAUCCCUCGAAUCUUUUCCGCGCGUCAGAAAUAUAUUCUCUCAGGAACACGUGCCUGCUGACACUGCCCAUAAUCUCUUACAUUUGUGCUCAACCCCGUGGUGAAACAGGAGAAAAAAAAAAGCAAGAAUUCCCUAGUGAAUUUAAAUAUCUCGAGAUCCCAUGAAAAAUCUCGGUUUUUCAUUUGAAAUUCAAAUGAGAAAAUCGACUGGUAGUUUGCAUAUUUCAUGUUUAUCUGGGAGGGACCUUGAAGGGGUCAGUUUCAAAUUUUUUUUCGGUCUUCGAGCAUGAAUAGUUCGACGAUAAUAAUUGCGGAGAGACCGAACAAGUGUCUGCAUUUUCUAACGAUUUUUCAUUUUUAAUUUCCAUAAGUUUUUCAUAAAUGAAGGGAAAAAGAUCGGUACGUCGUUAAUUAGGGGAGUGAUUUAUCGUUUUAGAUUUUUAACUUUUCACUGAGUGGAAAUUUUUAAACGAGUGAUGAGGGUGUUGAUAAAAAUCUUCACAUCCAGAAUCUAAACCUGAGGAGGAACCAAUACGAUUUUUGAGGGCUUGGUAAUUAUGAAAGCAGGUAGGAAGGGAAAAUACGAGAUAAAAGAGGGGAUGGGAAACAGGAAUGAUGGAGGUGGGAGAGAAAUUUAAGAAGUGACCAGGAACUCGAAUGAAGCACUGGCCCGACUGCCAAGCAGCUGAGACCACUGCAGAAUUUCCUCGCAGUUUCAAUAUUAAAUAUUAUAAAAAUGAAGAAUAUAUUGAAGAAGAGUUUGUCCGUCAGUUUCUUCUCUUCCGUCGCGUGUCUCUGGAACUUCGGAGGCAUUUCUUUGCCGGCGACUGCUCUGCUGCUAUCCUCCGGAGCCGCGGGUUUUUAUUUCAACCGAAGAUCCUUCCGGAGGAUAACAAAAAGGGAUACGAUAGUUUUAACCGGUUGUGACUCGGGUCUCGGCUACAAUCUCGCCCUCCACUGCCAUAAAAAUCUCUCAGCCCGAGUGAUUGCUGGGGUCCACAGGAAAAACAGUUUAGGAGCUCAAGAACUCGUAAAAACCGGCAUCACAAUCCAGGAGAUUGAUAUUACCGAUUCAAACAGUGUCGCGCACUUUGUCGAGAAGGUCCAGGAGUACCUGAAGCGAGACAAUUUAUGCCUGAGAACUUUCGUGAAUAACGCUGGGGCGAUGGUUUUCGGUGAAUUCGAGUGGCAGACGGAUUCACAGAUUCGUCAACAGGUCGAGGUGAAUCUCCUGGGGACGAUGCAAGUGACUAAAGCGAUGAUUCCUCUUCUUCGAAAGCACAUGAGUCGAUUGGCAAUCGUUACGAGCCAUUGUGCGUGCGAACCUCUGCCUGGAGUUGCAGUUUAUGCAGCAACGAAAGCUGGUCUUGCUGCAUGGGCAACUGCUCUCAGGAUCGAGCUGAAGAAAUUCGGGGUUGAAGUCGUGAGUUUCAUACCCGGAUCUUUCGUCAUGGAGAGCAAUAUUCUUCUGCGACAGGUCACGCAUUUCGAGGAGAUGGAGAAGGAAAUGAAGGACGAGGUGAAAUCGGUCUAUGGAGAGUAUUUCGGUGAGUACAGGAAUUACCUGAGACCGUUGUCACAGCAGAAUUCACUCAAACGAAUCGAGAAUCAGAGGCUCUUCGAAAUAUUUGAGGAAGUCAUCACCGAGCAGCCACCGAGAGUCACUUACAAGUGUGAACCCUGGAGGUACACGUAUUAUCACACUCUCCUGAAGAUCGUCCCCACGAGACUUCACGACAUUCUCGUCGAAAAAUUUGUGCAAAUGCCGAUUUGGAAGCCGAAGGUCAAGUAAACGUGAGGAAGACCUGAAGAAUUAUGUAAGGAAAUUACUGCGGAGUAAUUUCAAUA